GCUUCGUAUGCGUAAAAGUGGGCCAAAAUGUUCCUCGUCCUGCUCCUGGGGCUCUACGUGGCUACAGGUAAACUUGUCUCCCCAGUGAGCUCCUGCCCGUCUCAGUGCAGCUGUUUUUACCACAACCUGAGUGAUGGAUCAAAGGCCAGGAGCGUGAUUUGCAACGAUCCCGAGAUAUCUCUUGUGCCUGUCGGGUUCCCUGUUGACACGUCCAAGCUGCGGAUUGAGAAGACGGCCAUCCAGCGGAUACCGAGCGAAGCCUUGAAAUACCUCUCCAGUCUGGAAUUCCUGUGGAUGUCUUUUAACACACUGUCCUCCAUUAACUCAGACGGUUUUCGGGGACUGUUCAACUUGGAAGAACUUCGUCUAGACGGGAAUGCCCUCACCAGCUUUCCUUGGGAAUCUCUCAUGGAUAUGCCCAGUCUCAGACUUCUCGAUUUGCACAACAACCAGCUCACCUCGCUGCCUGCUGAGGCCACCACUUACAUUAAGAAUCUCACAUACCUGGAUCUGUCCAGCAACAGCCUGCUGACCCUACCGGCAGAGGUACUGUCCACCUGGCUGGCGGCAAAACCUGCGCAAGGACCAGAGAGUUCUAAAAUGAUACUUGGUCUCCAUGACAACCCCUGGGUGUGCGAUUGUCGGCUCUAUGACCUGGUCCAGUUCCAGAAGUCUCCAACUUUUUCGGUGGCGUUCAUUGACACAAGACUCCGGUGUUCAGCCCCAGAGAGUGUAUCAGGAGUCUUGUUCAGUAAUGCAGAGCUGAGACGCUGCCAGCUACCACGUAUUCACACAGCUGUGGCUCGAGUUCGGAGCUCUGUUGGAAACAAUGUGUUGCUCCGAUGUGGGACCAUUGGAGUCCCUAUCCCAGACCUGAAAUGGCAGAGGGCAGAUGGACGAGCCCUCAAUGGAACAGUCCAGCAGGAAACAGCAAAGGAUGGAAUCACCUGGUCUAUCCUCAGUGUCCCAGCUGUGUCCUAUCAUGAUUCAGGGAAGUACAUAUGCAAGGCCACAAACUAUGCCGGGAAGGCUGAGGCUGUCAUUUCUCUCAUUGUCUCUAACUCACUCAAACCAGAUAGGAACCAAACUAGCAGUGACAAGAAAGUCAAAGUCAAGAAGUCCAAUCAGAUGGGCAAAGCUGCCUACCAGGAAAAACUAGUGGUCAGACAUGCAGUUCCAACGUCCACCCUAUCAUCCCUGUCUGCCUUGGAACCUGGUCUUGAUCCUGAUCCUGGACUAGGCAGUUACAGCCUGGCUGACAGAGCCACCCCAGGUCCAGCCAUCUCCUCCAACCCCGAUGUGCUGCUAGAUUUGGAGAAGACAAAUCUAAUCAACUUGGCAGCCAACACCUCGUCGCUGCAGCAGGACCCAGACAGGGUGGUCCGCUCAGUGAAAGUGGUGGGGGACACAGACAAUACGAUCUCUCUCAACUGGAGAGCCCCUAAAGCCAAGAACACAACAGCAUUUAGUGUCCUGUAUGCUGUGUUUGGAGAGAGGGACAUGAGGAAGAUCAAUGUUGGAGCAGGGCAGACCCGUGUAACCAUCGAAGGGCUGGUUCCCAGGACUAAGUACAUCGCCUGUGUGUGUGUGAAGGGGCUAAUCCCCAAGAAGGAGCAGUGUGUCAUUUUUUCCACUGAUGAAGCAGCCAGUGCCACCGGAACCCAAAAGCUGAUUAAUGUGAUUGUGAUCACAGUGGCCUGUAUCAUUGCAGUUCCACUCACUGUCAUUGUGUGCUGUGGGGCGCUGAAGAGACGCAUUAAGAAAUACUGCGGAAAGAAAUCCAAGGACAUCCAAGAUUCAUACGUGACCUUUGAAACACUGUCACCUGGAACAAAAGCCAAAGGGCUUGAGGGGGAGUAUUUGAACAGAUUAAACCCGGAGGAGUCCAACAGGCUGCUGUCAGCUCGCUCCAGCCUGGACUCUGAGGCCACAGCUAAGAUAGAGGGACAGCCUAAUGAAUACUUCUGCUGACAUCAUGCUCCAGCUCUGGCUCCUGCUCCACAUUGUCAUCCACAUGCUCAUCCAAACCCCAAUACUCCUUCACAUCCCCACCACCACCCCCAGCCCCAUCUCCAUUCACAUCCUUAUCCCCAUCACUAUGCAUAUUCUCACCGUCAGCAACAUCCCAGUGUUAGUCCUCCUCCUAGCCACUCCCAUAUGCCCACACCCUGGGAUUCCUCCCCACCUGUUCCUCCUCGAUGGAUCUCGCCACCUACUCCGCCACCACAGAAAGCCACCUUCUAUCAAAGGACUUUUGCACGCUGCACUAUAAUGGAAAUAUCAGUUUAGAGAAUAUGUGACAAAUAAUACUGACUUGUUUUUCCAGACAUUUAAAGAAUAUAUUUCUGGACUGUCAUACUGUACUUAUAACUAUACAUUAAUAGUAAAACAAUAUUUAAACUCACUCAUGCUUUUACAGGAUGUCUAAAAGAAUGUUUUUAUCACUAAGCCUGCAAGUGAAAACAUGUCAAAACAUUAAAAAGCAGCAGUCAUUGUAAUUUCCAGUUCAUCUCACUUGCAUGG